AUGUUUAGUGACUGCAUGGGGACGUCAUCACGACAUUCGAAGAAACGGCGUGGAGACGAUGAGGACUCCGACGGCGGCCGGCGAAAUAGAGAACGAAAUCAUUCCAGUUCCAGGUCGAGGUCCCCUUCGCCAAAGCCUAAGAAAUCACGUAGACGUGAAAAAGAAAAGGAAUCCAGUCCGCCACCGAAGGAUGACGUUGCGGAGUCGCUUUCCAUCGAAGAGACAAACAAGCUCCGUGCGAAAUUAGGAUUGGCUCCGCUUGAAAUGAAUGACGGGCCCAAGCCACGAGAAUCUGAAGAUGGUACAACAGUUCAUGUGGAAGAUGGCUUCGAAUUUCGGCAUAAGAAGCCAGAAAAUUGGAGCGAUAAGAAAAGGGAGCAAGAGAUGAAGGAAAAGCUUGAGAUCGCGAAGAAGAAGCGUCAGGUUUACGAGCGGGUGUUGGUUGCCAAGAGUAUAGCGGAAUCCGAUUCUGAUGACGAUGCAGCUGAUUGGGUAGCUAAAAUGAGGAAACAAGAAGAAGAAAAGAAGCGUGCUGAAGAAAGAGCUAAAAUGCUUGACGCUAUGGAUGAAGAAUUUGGCGUAAACAGCAUCAUAGCUGAGGAGAAAGCAAAGCAGGCUAAGAAGAAGGCAAGGCAGCAAGCUAAGGGAGAAGCAAAGAAUUCAUACACUGGUGGUCUGGUGGUUGGGCACUCAAAAGAGGCGUUCAUUGGAGUCUCAGAUCAAAUUCUCGUGCUCGACGACAAAAGUGUUCUUGACGACGGCGAGGAAGUUCUUGUCAAUCCUAACUUGAUAGAAAAUGAAAGGUAUGCUCGGAAUAGAGAGCUCAAAAGGCGUAAAGAGCUACAGAAAGGUUUUGACGAUGUGGACGAAUUCGGCAAUCAAAAAUCGUAUGGAGUCCUGACAAAAUAUGAUGAAGAGCUUGAAGGUGUGCAGAAGGAAAAAUUUCGCCUCGAUGAAGCUGGUGGAUACGAUCUCGAAAAAGAGAUGAAAGCAAGAAUGCGUCGAGAGUUGGAGAUAGCAGGUAAAACCCUGGUUAGCAUGGAAAUGCAAAAAUAUCAAGUGGGAAGCGAAUUCUGUAUGGCGAAAGAGGAAAUGACCGCUUUUCGUAAAGUCAAAAAAGGCAAAAAGGAAAAAUCUACGCGCAAGAGGAAGAUUCUCAAAGCCGAAGAUUUGGUUCCUGAGGAGCCUGCGAAUGGAAAGGAUUUGGGUUCUAGAAAAAGUAGAAGAAGGGACGAAGGCAACGAUGAAGAACAAGGACAAGAUGAAGUGAAAAGCGAGAAUGUGGAGGAAAACAAAAAUGGUGUUGAAGAGCAUGACAUGGCUGAACCUUCGGGGCAUUGGAAGCGUGCAACUAAAAAUGGGGUGGAUAUUGAUAUGUUGAAGUCACUUGUUGAUAAGGAUGAUACUGACGUUGAAGAUAGCGAUGAAGAGAUGGGUGGAGCGGUAGAUCUGAGUACGGUAGUUGUCGAUGAUGAUGCUGAAGAAGAGUUGGCGAGUGUAAUGGACAAAGCGCGGCGUCUUAGACAAGUUGUUGUCAAAAAAGAGGACGACGACGUUGCACAAAAGGUUCUUGAGAUGGUUUCUUCGCACAACAUCAAGAUGGAAGUAGAUGAUGAUACUGAUGUAACACAAAGUAGCGCAUUGAGAGAUGGAGCCGUAACUCUAGACUCGACUAUGGAAUAUUGUAGAAAUAUUGAAGAGAUGGGUGGAGCGGUAGAUCUGAGUACGGUAGUUGUCGAUGAUGAUGCUGAAGAAGAGUUGGCGAGUGUAAUGGACAAAGCGCGGCGUCUUAGACAAGUUGUUGUCAAAAAAGAGGACGACGACGUUGCACAAAAGGUUCUUGAGAUGGUUUCUUCGCACAACAUCAAGAUGGAAGUAGAUGAUGAUACUGAUGUAACACAAAGUAGCGCAUUGAGAGAUGGAGCCGUAACUCUAGACUCGACUAUGGAAUAUUGUAGAAAUAUUGGAGAAAUCCCCACAUACGGUUUGGCAGGUAACCGAACCGACGCUAUAGACGUCUCGGAAAUGAAGCAGGAAGAUGAAGAGGAAGAUACGGCCGAGAUUAGGAAGUGGAAACAAGCGCAAGCAGAGAAGGAACUUCGCCGUAAAGAGCGCCUGAUGCACAAGGAAGGCAAGAGCAAAUGGAAUGACAAACCUAGCAGCAGCGCUGCAGCCAUUGACAGUGACGACGAGCAAUGUCUCAAAGAAGCAGAAGAAGCUGCUUUUUCUGAUGACGAGGAUUCUAAUAGUGGAGACGGAAAGAAGGAAUAUGAAAAUGUGCUAGGGAAAGAAGCUGAUGUUACCAAAGGUGUGGGUGCAAUGUUGAAGUUGGCAGCCCAGAAGGGUUAUCUUAACGAUCCAGAAGCGAAGAAGAAAACGGGUCAAAAUUUGGAUCAUCUUCGCAACCAGUCUAAGACUCAGAUUGAACAAGGCAAAUAUGACAUUGAGGAUAAAUACGCUAAAAAACUGGAUCGGCUAGGUACCACUGGCCGUGGUCCUAUAAUGCCUUUCAAUGAGAAGAAAGACUAUCGCCCUGAGGUAAACAUUCAUUAUGUCGAUGAGAAGGGUCGCGUCAUGGAUCAGGAAGAAGCCUACCGAGAACUUUCAUUCAAGUGA